GAAGACUUGGGAUGACACCGAGGUGGUGAACGUGGGAGACAGAGUCCUCCAAGAGUCAGAGAAGUUAAAGGGAGCAGUGACUUGGGGGAAUAGGACGAUUUCUGUCUGAGGCUCCUUAUGUUCUGGGACCUCUAGGUGGGAGCAUCCACCAGGCAAUGAGAGGGGCAGACCAGGAGCUCGGGACAGAGGUGAGGGCUGGAUAUAUGAUUCAGAGCCAUCUGUAGAGAGAUGCUAGAUCACCAAACCUAUGGAAAAUGAUAAGGUCAACAAGGAAGGGGGUGAGAAGAGAGCCCCGGGGGACUGGGACCCAUUCCACAGACACCAGUCUGACAGCCUGGACGGAGUCAGACAAGAACAUACACCCUUCUCCGUGCCCCGUCCCUUCCCUUCCCCUCCUCUCCCACUGGAGACUUUUCUGCCCCAUUGAAUCCUCACCCUGGAAAGUGAGCAGGAUCCAUGUCAUUAUUCCCACUGUAGAAUUGAAAAGACAGGAGAAAUAACCUGAGUUCAAAUCCAGGACUCAAACACUUAAAGCUAUGUUGACUGUGGGCAAGUCAUUUGGGCAGCCUUGCCAAAAAUAAAUAAAUAAAUAAUAAUGAUAGUAAAAUUUUGUAUCUGGAAAGGACAUUUGAGAUGAUUCUUCCACCACCACCUCAAUUCUAAGUCAAUUGGGGCCCAGGAGGAAAUAACAUGUCCAAGGCCUCCUGGGUAGCCAGGGUGAAAUUAGAAUGGGGAUCCUCUGUCCGACUGAGGGUGCUGGAAGUAUACCCAAUUACACGCCCUGCCUCCCCAGUGGAACAGGUUCUCUUUGCUUGCUGCUCAUUGUUUGCAAUAGAUUCAUCCCUACAUUUGCUUCUGGCUUUGCUCUCCAUGGGUCCAGCCGGCCACUGAGUGGCCUCCCAAGGGGGCCCUUCCCAUGAUACUUAGCCCCUGGUGUGUUCCACAAUCCCGUGGGGUUAUUUUGGAGUUAGAGGAGAUGUGUUUGGAGUUAUAGGAGUUAGAUAUAGACAGACAUAUAUACACAUACAUACAUAUAGAUAUAGAUAUAGAUAAGCUUUUUGUAAGGAAAAUGUCCUAAGCCCUAGAGCUGGGUCCCGGGAGAACGGGCGCUCUGACAGGCGUGGCCGGUCACUCGGUGUCCUUGCAGAUGAUCCCCUUGCUCAAGCGUCCCUAAAGCCCGUUCCGGCUCUGACACUCUGGGGCUCUCAGCUUCCAGCUGACCCGGCGCCUGGGCCUCGGAGCCAGCGCUCUCUGGAGACCUGGGGGCGGCGGGGAGGCAGAGGAGGAGCAGAAUGAGGAGGGCGCGGCCCGCCCGAGGACCUUCCCGUCAGUCCCUCUGGCCCCAGCCACCCCGGAGGGAUGGGCCCUCUCUCUGGGCCGCGCUUUUCUCAUGCCGGGGAAGCAGGAGGCCGGAGCCCCCGAGGCUGCUGCUGAGAGCGCGGGCCGGCCGGGCCCCAGAGCUGCGGAGCAUGGCGGGUAAGAGGGCCUGUUGUGUCGUUCUGUUGCAGCUGCAGAAGCUGAAGCGCUCGCUCUCUUUCAAGACCAGAAGUUUACGGAGUAAAAGUGCCGACAACUUCUUCCAGGGGCCGGGCGGCGACGGCAAGCUCCCGGCGGACGCGGCGCCCGAGGGCCCCGGCGGCGGCGCGUUCCGACCCCGGGGCGCGGGCAGCCUGAGCGCCACGCCCACCCGCGGCCGCCUGCAGCCCCCCGCGGACGGCGGGGCCCACGCCUUCCAGGAGCACGUCUUCAAGAAGCCCACCUUCUGCGAGGUCUGCAGCCACAUGAUCGUAGGGGGCAACGCCAAGCAGGGCCUGCGCUGCAAAGCGUGCAAGAUGAGUCUCCACCACAAGUGUGCGGACGGCCUGGGCCCCCAGCGCUGCAUGGGCAAACUGCCCAAGGGCUUCCGGCGCUACUACAGCUCCCCCUUACUCAUCCAGGAGCAGUUUGGCUGCAUCAGAGAAGUCAUGCCCAUCGCCUGUGGCAACAAGGUGGACCCAGUGUACGAGACUCUCCGGUUUGGCACAUCCUUGGCUCAGAAAACCAAGAAGUCGAGCUCAGGGAGCGGAUCCAGUUCUCCCAACCGGAACUCGAUUUCGGACCUUGGAGAGGUCCCAGAGGAAGUGCCCGGAGUAUUUUUUGAGCCCAGCAGGAGGCGAAGCAACAGUGUGUUCACGUAUCCUGAAAACAGGUCCGAUUACAUCAGAGAAGACUUGAAGACCACGAAUGGCCCCGUAUUUACCAAAGGCUCCCUGCACAAAGACACCUCACAGACCAGCACCUACGUUGCCUUGUACAAGUUUGUCCCCCAGGAGAAUGAGGACCUGGAAAUGAGGCCGGGAGACGUGGUCACUCUCCUUGAGGACUCCAACGAAGACUGGUGGAAGGGGAAAAUCCAAGACCGGACGGGGUUUUUUCCCGCCAACUUUGUCCAGCGUGUGCAGCCGGAGGAGAAGAUUUUCAAGUGCGUGCAGACCUUCAUUGGCUGCAAAGAGCAGGGACAGAUCACCCUGAAGGAGAACCAGAUCUGUGUGACCUCAGAAGAGGGACGAGACGGCUUCAUCAAGGUCUGCAGUGGCAGAAAGAAGGGCCUGGUGCCUCUGGACAUCCUAGAGAACAUCUGAUUCCGUGCCCACUGUGGGCAUUGGAAACUUUGGCCGACAGUGGCCAGCGGCCUCUUCAGGUGGACGUUGUCGGGACCCUCAGGGGAGCCAGACUGUAAAUGCUCAAAUGCACACACACGGACACACACAAACACCCACAAACCCAAACUACUGAGCAACGGUGAGAAUGGAAACAGAAUGGAAGGUUUGCUUAGGAAACGCAUUUAGUCAACCACUGAACGGAGACUGGAGGCAACGCCCUUCUCAGGGGAAUUGGGGGGAGGGGAGCAGGAAGCAGUUGGAAUUCAAAUAUACUUGUCUAGUAAAAAGAUGUCUGCGUGUCUGAAGAAGCCACCACUACCUGAGGUAAGCCUGUGUCACCGGAGCCCCCGGCGGGAGCACUGACCUUCUCUGGACGAAGCAGCCCGAUGCUUCGGCGUCAUGCCGCGGGAGCCACCGGCCAGUGGCUGCUGGAGGUCUCACUCAGACCCAUAGAAUGGAUCUCUUCACGUGAGAGGAGGAGGAUACAAGGAGACUGAGAGGCCGUCACUGUUCUCUGAGCUCCCCAUUGAGAGGCCGUUGCAUUAUCUGACCUCCCUCCUCUUCCAUCUGCCUCCAAUUUAUCUCAUUCCCAGUCCA